UAUGCUGGGCCAAACGGCGCUCGAAGCUUAAUUAUAACCAUUUUACAACUUAAAGUGGGCGGUGGAAUCCUAGCUUGGGAUACRAAUGGCGAGCAUUUGAACAACCAGGUCCAUGGGAGAUUCAUAUAUGCCAUAAAUUCGACCUGCCGAAACACUUUGAAACCAUCGCAAGACUGUUCACGAACAGUUAUAAACUACGCGCCAAGAAGAUUCUUUUCCACAAGAUUGCUCACUAAAAGAACUGGAAUUCAAACUCAUACAUGUCAUUUAUAAUUCCRAAUUCGGUUGAAGAACACAGUCUACUUUAGMAACUUUCAAUUUGGGAAGAUUUKGUAGCCAAAUUUGCAUCUUUCCUUUUGUUUAGUCGAGAAAAUCGGUUUUGGAAASCGACAUUCAGCGAACUGAAGCGUGAAGUUGGAGAUGUUUUGAAAACUUCAAGAUUUUWAUGCUGUCAAAUAAUUCACACAGGAGAUAAACUMUAGACUGAGAAUAAUACAAUGRCGACCACAACAAUAUUUCCGACAACAUUUGCAAAUAGCACCGCACCUACAAAUUCCACACACGGUAUUUCAGCAUUGGCGGGCAAAGCUUUUGCUUAUGUAACUGGGAGUACCACAGGGAUCAUCGUUGGUGUUGUAGUUCUUCUGCUCCUAAUCGUUGCAGUAGUUGUAAUUGCAUSUCUCGCAUGGAAAGGACUUAAAUCAGCUAAAGAAAGAGCGCUUAGCAAGCUAAAGGAUCUUAGAAAGAGUCARGACCAAGCUUUGGAUAUGAUGGAUGCUGUCCCUGACGUGAACGUGUCUUCWGUGCAACCUUCUGCAAGUAGAAAACAACUGAAAAACUUGGGGAAAGUAAAAUUUUCUUUGCGACAUGAGGAAGAAAGCAAUGAACUUGUCGUAACGGUGCACAACUGUCAAGAUCUACCUGUCAAGUACUCUGGAGGGACUGUGUACAAGUAUGUAGAGGUCGAGAUGUUUCCAUUUCACAGAAUGACGCAACAUAAACCGAAGACCUCGUAUGUCAGGAACGAUUUGUCGCCAGUCUUCGAGGAAGAGGUUCGUAUCAAGAUGACCAGCGAGGAAGUCAAAGAUCAAAAAUUCUAUGURCAUGUUUGUGACUACAACCAAAUCUCAACACGUGACCUAAUUGGUUCUUAUCACGUGGAUUUACAAAAUACCAAGGUCAAGGCCAAAGACACGCUGUAUGAAGGAGACCUUGAAUGGAUUGAAUCGAUUCGUGGCGCUGAGCGUGGGGAUAUCGACGUCGUGUUGCGGUAUUACCGCGGUGAAGGGCAGCUGCUUAUAAAGAUUAAAGAAAUAAAAGGACUCAAGCCAGCUCUUGGAAGACGCUUUACUAGUGCCUACGUCAAAGUCCACCUUGUUCAUGGCUCCAAGCAACUGUACGAGAACAAAACAAAAGUGCAAAGAAARAAUUUUGAACCGACAUUCAACAAAUCAUUUUUGAUCGAUGUUCCGCAAGAUAAAAUUGAACAAGUUAACUUAAUUUUACGUGUUAAAGACUCGCCUAUUGUCGGCCGAAAGCGACUUCUCGGUGAAGUGUGCAUCGGUGGAGAUGCUGUCGGCUCUUACUAUCAUCACUGGAAACUUACUUUGGAAAAAGACCAAGAAAUCGAAAUGUGGCAUUGUCUGGAAUUACUUCAUAUUAUUCCUGGAAAAACAAAUCUUGCCACAGCAAUGAAAGCAAUUCCAGUMUUUGAGAGCUCAGAACUAGAAGAAGAAGAAAGUGAAGAUGAAGGCUUAUUCGGGGGACUUUUACCGGACAUGAAUUUGCCAUUUGGUAUGGGAGGACUGUUUGGAGGGCCUGACGACAWGGAGGCGGAGAAAAAGCGAAAAGAUUCAGUUUCACUAUGAGUACUAUCGAAUCUAUCUCGUGAGGUGAUUGAAUUACUUCCAAUAGGAUCUCCUAUUUAUAUAAAUGCAUUUAUUUUACAAAAUUAAUGCAUGUACUAUAAUAAUUUUGACAUUGUUUAUUUUGUAAUUUAAAGAUUUAAAAAUCUUUAUAAUCAGUAAAAAUUAUUUCACAGAUAAACUCAGAUCUCUCAAAUAAAAUUAUUAGCUUGUCUUAGGACAUAAGUUCGACGAGCCAUUACCGGACUAGAAUUGUAAAAAAAGUAGUAAAAUUAAAAAAAAAUUAACAAUCA